AUGAAUAUUGGUAAAGGUCCUUGGACGAAUAUAGAUAUCAACUCAACGUUAACUUUUAGCCAGUUUAAUUCCCUUACGUAUACGGGUGAAAAAGCUGUGAAACUCACGCUUGAAAGUUUACGUACGUUUGAAUAUAACCGGGAAAAGCCACUGAGAGAUUACAGAGACGUUCUGCAGGGGUACAGGAAGAGACUGCCUCCUAAGCGCACAUUUGCCAGGUGAGUGAAUAUAAAAUUUGCAUGGAUAUGCUGUUAAUAAAUAUUCAUUAUUCAUGCUAAUCUAAAUUAUUAUCAUUAGUUAAAAUUCAUGAACAUGGUUCACUUGUAUUUUUGAGCAAUAUAACUGUAUUUGCUUUUUACAGUGCUGGAAUGAAAGAUCCAUCUAAGUUAACUGGCAAAGAUGAAAUAAUGUGAUGAUAAAUUAAUGUGAUGUCAUUAAUUGCUGUUCAGCAAAGCUUGCAGAGGACUUAAGAUGGUUGCCGGACCAGUUAUCAACAAAGAAGGAGAUCAUUAUCUUCCACUGGAAGCUGUGAUUGACACGGACACCACAGACUUGAACAGACCAUCUACAAAGCUAAUUGAGAUGUACUGUAUCUACUUUACCAUUUAUUAG